CUGCAGGGGGGGCAAAUGGCAGGCUGGGGGGGCUUCUUCAUUUCUCUCCUCAACUACAAGACAGAGAAGUAUGUCAUCGCUGAAAACAGGCGGAUUGGAAUACUAUUUCGCCUUUAUCAGCUGGCCGUGCUGGGAUACAUUAUCGGGUGGGUGUUUGUAGUAAAGAAAGGAUACCAGGAGAGAGAAGAGGCCAUCCAGACUUCAGUCAUCACCAAACUUAAAGGAGUCACUCUCACUAACACCUCUGAGACAGGCCCGUACCUGUGGAGUGCUGAGGAUUAUGUCAUCCCUCCCAAUGGCGAGCAGAUUUUCUUCAUAGUCACAAAUUACAUCGAGACCCCCAAUCAGAGGCUGGGCUUCUGCGCCGAGAGCUUCAAGGUGCCAGACGGGCGAUGUCAGAGCGAUGACGACUGCGUGGAGGGGGAGAGUGUAGCGGCCGGUCAUGGAAUGAAGACCGGCUUGUGUGUGAACAGCACGGGGACCUGUGAGAUACACGCCUGGUGUCCUGUGGAAUACAGCAAGAGACCGGAAGAGCCCUUGCUGGGUGCAGCUGAAAACUUCACCAUCUACAUUAAGAACUUCAUCAGGUUCCCAAAGUUUGAAUUCUCCAAAUCCAAUGUCCUUGAAACAACUGACGACAGCUACCUAAAGAGAUGCUCCUACGACAAAGACAACCACCCUUACUGCCCCAUAUUCCGCCUCACGGAUCUGGUCGCGAGCACUGGACAUGAAUUCCAGGACAUGGCUGUCAAGGGUGGCUCUAUUGGUGUUCUUAUUGAGUGGAACUGCGACCUGGAUAAGGAUUCCUCCAAGUGCAAUCCAGAGUACAGCUUCACCCGUUUGGACAUGAACAUGAACAACUCGGUCACAUCAGGAUACAACUUCCGAUAUGCCAGGUACUACAAGGACCAAAACGGUGAAACCUAUCGCACUCUGUACAAAGUGUACGGGAUUCGAUUCGACAUCAUGAUCAAUGGCCAGGCUGGGAAAUUCAAUAUCGUCCCCACAAUAAUUGCUAUUGGUUCUGGUCUUGCUCUGAUUGGUGUGGGGGCCUUUGUUUGUGACAUGAUUCUACUUUACAUGAUGAACACAAGCUCCUUCUACCGAGAGAGGAAGUUUGAGAUCAUCAACUUCAAAAAAGAGCGGUCCAAAGCAAAGGAUGGGAAACCGGGUGCCCGGGAGAGGAGGUCCAGGAAACCUGCCGCAGACAAAGAUGCUGCCAACAACAUCAAAAACCCGGAGGAGACCGAACUCACCGUGGAGCCGUCCUCCAAUGAUGAAGGCCAGCCGUCGGUGGAGAAACGGGGUCCCACCAUUCCACGCAACACGGGGCAGCGAUACUCGGCCGUCCUGCCACAGGGCGCCGAGCACAAGCACCACAUCACUUUUGCUUCGCACAGCUAG